CGGGGAUGUUGACGUUUCUCGAGCGGAGUGAUACUUCUGCACUGUUUCCGUUUCCCUGUUUAAACAGUGGAAGAACACCUGGUCUCACCUGUCUGGAACUUUGUUUCCGCUUGCGGGAAACGGCGAAACUGGCGACUUUUAAACGAAGUUACGGAUUGUUUCAGUGAUGUGACCGGAUUUAAAAACAGAGAAAUGCGAACAAAGAGGACUUUUAGGAGCUGGUAACAACAGAUUCUCAGCAGUGCAGCUGGUAUUGACUGGAAGUAAAGAAACACUAAGAAUGGCUGACCUAAUCAACAACACAAGUGAGGAGCUGGCAUUUUCACCUGCUGGGUCAAGUGCAGAGCCACAAACACCAGUAAGUAAAAAGCCACAAGAACACAGCGGUUUGGAGGACAAAAGAAAGCUUACAGAUGAGGAGGAAGAAGAAGAAGAAGAUGAUGAUGCGACCAGCUCUGCUUUUCUGGAGCCAAGCACUUUACCGUGGUCGGCAGACAGAAACAGCAGAGCCCUUACAGAGCAGGAUGAUGGAAUCUCGUCAGAAAAAGGAGGAUCAGAGCUUGACGAGAGGGACACGGGAAUCAGCAGAGGGAGCCAGGACCUGUCAGAGGAGCAGAGCCAGGAAGAGAGUGAUGUGAAGAGCAAGACCAAAUGGAGGGAGAGCAUGCCCGAGGGGGAGAGGUGGAGGGACGAUGAGAUUAAGGUGAAGCAGGGUGAUAAAGAGGACGGCUCCCUCGCAGAUGAUGAGGAUGAGGAAGAGGAAGACGAAGGGGGAUUAACAUGGGUCUCGGAAAAAUCAUCUCCAGGUUUCACGCCACAAGUCACGAUUUUGAAUCACUCCACGAAAGAGGUUCCCGAGGUGAGCAGGCCACUCGGAGAGAAGGAGGUGGAGCCGGAGAUGGAGCACAAAUCCGUUGUAGAGCUUUACCCGGAGUGGACAACCAAUGACGACAAGUACUACCUGUGUGAGCAUAUCUGCAAGGAGAAACUGAGGGUGGUUUUGGCGAUGGUGGCUGCAGCAAUACUCUUCCCUUUCCUGGUGUGGGGUGGUUACGCCCUAAUACCUUUUGAUUCGCCAAAGCUUGAAAGCGCCCCCCUCAGGGUGGUGUACACACUGCGCUGCGCCUUUUUUGCCAGCGUGCCCAUCCUGCUCGGCGUGGUGGUGCAGGGCCUCGCCCGGCUGCGUUACAGCGCGGUCAAGCCCCUCGUUCAGAGUAACCUGUUGAACAUACAAGUGGCCGUGCACUGGCACUACGUCAAUGAAUCGCUCGGCCUCUUCCUCUUCUACUUCCUGCAGCUUGCUGUCAUGGCAACCUACAUCAGCCAGGACCUCAUCAAACUGGUGCCGCUGCUCACCAUCGUAUUUGUUUUUGGCAGGCUGAUCUACUGGCUCUGCCUCUCCCUGGGCAGCAGCACCAGAGGCUUCGGCUUUGGCUUCUCCUUCUUCCCCAUACUGGUCAUGCUGGGCACCAAUCUCUACUUCGUGUGCUCGUCGAUGGGACAAGACAGCGUCUUUGACGUGGCGCCGCCCACCUCGGCUCCUCCACCCAGGCAGCGCUGGUGGGGUUAAAAGGGCGUGGAGCAGAAAGAGACAAUGAAACCUGUAAUAUAAUACUUGGAGUAUAACGACACAGUUUUUGCUCACAGACAGCUCGUUCUGUCCUGGUGGGUCCAAGUUUUAAUAAAGAAGUCAUCUGCUGAUGAAUUAAAUAUGUUUUAUGAUCAUUGAUCAGCAGUGUUGUGUAAAAAUAUAUAUAUUUUUGUAUAAUUUAGCCCUGAUGCAUCAUACGGGGCUGUUAAUCAGUGACUUCAUGAAAAGGAUCACGACUUCUCAGUGCGAAAUGUUUCCUCUGACCUUUUUCUGUUUACAAAGAAUUCAAACGUACGAGCUCCAGUUAUGCUGUGGGUGAAGAAAGUGACGUUAGAAAGUGACUUUAAAAACCGGAGCAUCAAAAUCAUCAAAAUCAGAAACAUUUAAUCAACCGUCCAAUCAUAAAACAGAUGACUCUGUACAGUUGUCUUUUUUUUCUUGUUUUCGCUUCGCUUCGCUUCGCUUUGAGCAGACUGACGUAGACGAUCCAGUUUAUAUAGAUUUAACAUUUUGGACGCCCUCAUGAGACGAUCCGUUCUUAGUGACCUACAACUCUGUGGUCUCAUGUUUUGUGCUGAUGUAGUACUUUUUUGUUUGUUUGUAUAUCUACUUGUUCUUUUUUUCACUUUAGGUCAUAUUUAGUGAUUUAAACUUUAAAAUACACAAACUAAAACAAUAUCUGAACUCUCGACAUUAGAGGAGAAUUAAAAGCUUUUCAAAUCAUUGUCUUCCAUUUAUUUGUUUAUUUUCACACUGCUGCUGCCAGCUGUGGCUUUUUAAACGUAAUAUUUAUAACUGUGCCUGUUAAAUGCACCUUUGUUGUUUUGAUCAAAGGCUUUUCUUUGUUGAUAGCAGCACAAACUGAAAUGCUAUUUUUGGAUUGUCCUUUUCUUUUGUGUCCAAAGGAUGUUUUGUGUUUACCCCUCCCCCCUCAUGCUGUGAGUGGUAAAUAUGUAAAGAAAAUGUCAAUAUUUGGGCCCCUGAAUGAGUUCAAUAAAUCUUCAUUAUGAAACAUGA